AUGCUUGUUAAGUCUAACAAUCUCGUGGAAACUUUCACUGAGCUGCGUGGAAGUAGGACCCAACUUUUCGCCAGGAGAGAGGCGGCGCUCUACCGUUGUCGCUUGGAGAGAGUGCAUUAUGAAGCGUCCAAUUUGAUGGAGAGGAUCCGCAGCGCAACCGAAACGCUAUCGAUGGCAUACGACCUGUACGGACUUCUCGUUCUCGCGGAUGAUACUCUUUCAGAUGAACGCGAAGACUUCUAUGAUGACUGGGAAGAAGGAGUGAUUAUCCGCCCAUGCUUCACUACCGACUUCAUUCGUAAGGAAGUCGAAAAAAUAGACGACUUCAGGCGGAAGGUCGAGAACGAGAUCAAGGAGGCUGAGCUGCAGGAAAAAAGCGAGAACCACGCCAGCCUGUUCGACCAAGUCAAGGAGCUUUUCGCGGAGCUGCGUCAGGAGUUCGAAGAAAAACACGAGAAACUCCGUGACCAACUCAAGAGCAUGAACGAGAGCAUCGAAGGCAUUAAGAUGUCAAUGGAGAGACUGAGAGAGCAUCAUGGGGAAACGUCCGACCAGACGUGUAACUCGGAAGAUAGAGAGCCAACCAGACCUCAUGGAGAUAAUUCCAUGCCGCCCUCGAGGAACCAAGGCGAAGGUGACCCACGAGACGCCGAAAAGCAUCAGGAGCCCGAAGAGGAUCUUCUGGAUUUCUACGACGAUUAUGAAGUGAUCGACGACCAUGAGGAGGCAGGCAACCAGGGCACAAACCACGGAUCUCGAGAGAGCAUUCCAAACGACGAAUACCCAGGACGCCACAAGAGAGUGGAACUGGAAAAGCGAAGGGAUGCCUUCAAAGCGAUUCUUGGAAGCAGAAGGAAAGUACCAGAUAGAAGGAUCAGUCAUGUCAACUUCAUGAGACCGGAAGAACGCUAUCUGGUGUGUUCGUUCUGUUUGGCAAAGGGACAAUACUAUUCCGAUAGCUGCCCUGUGUACGUGAGCGUGGAAUUGAGGAGGAAGCGCGUUCGCUGCAAAAGGUGCUUGGACAGUCGCCACGAUACAGAGCAUUGUUGGAAUCAGAGCAGAGAAUGCAUGUACUGUGGAUCGAGAAACCACAACAAAACAUUGUGCACCCUACCGGAGUGUAUCCACGACCAGCGUUAUGAACUGAAGGAGAUUGAGCGAGAACUGGAGACCUUCGCCGACUACUACGGUCCUGGACAGUAA